UCAAGAUAAAACCAGGAUAAAUGUAGAUAGGCCCGCCACAUAUGUCAGAUUAAGGCCACUUUUGAUAUAGGAAACAAAUUCCUAGACUUCUCUAAAAUUUUACAUUUUCCUGUCCAGAGAGCCUGUGUUCAAGUAUGCCCUCUCCUAUUUGCUGCAGAUGCAACGAGGAGAUCUGGCCCAGGGCCAUCCACAGCUUGGGCAAGUCCUACCAUCCGCACCACUUCACCUGCACGGACUGCGGCCUGGUGGUGGAUCCCAAGCUGUUCUUCGCGGUGGCGGACGAGGUGGUCUGCAGUGAGUGCUACCUGGGCAAGCAUGUCGCCCGGUGCUCCGCCUGCCGGACUCCGAUCCUGGAGCGCGGCGUGGCCACCGGGGGGCGCAAGUGGCACGAAAAGUGUUUCCGGUGCGUGAGCUGCAGCAGACCGCUGGUCUCGGCGACCUUUUUCGAAAUUAACGGAUACCUCUUCUGCAAGUCACAUUUCCGGGAACUGUUUUCGUCCCGCUGCGCCGGCUGUGCCAAGCCCAUCGACGAACGAGCCGUCGUCGCGCUGAGCACCAAGUGGCAUGCGAAGUGCUUCAGGUGCCACAUCUGCCACCGAAGGAUCACAGCCUCCCAGUUUGGGAUCCAGCAAGGACGCCCCGUCUGCCUCGGCUGCCAAACCAGCGUUCCGAGUCCCCAAAAUUUGUGUGCCCCAUAAACGUCUAGUCUCUAA